AUGCGAGAUUUCGAAGAUGGGACUUACGUCCCUCCCAAGUCCCAAGACGGCGACUUGUCGUGGUGGUGCGAUCUCUGCGAUAUCGGGUGGGCGGAUGAGUACGGUCUCAUCCUGCAUGAACGCAGGUCAUAUGGCCACAGGGUCAAACAAGCCGAGCGUCAGGGCCUGCCGCCUCCUCCCAAACCGCAGAGGGGGUAA